GCCGCGGGCGAGGGGCGGGGCCUGCUGGAGCAGCUUGUCCUCUCAAUGGCACCGGCGUCCUGGAGCUGAGGAAGAACCUCCGCCUCGCCAUGGCCAGCGGCGAGGCCCCGGAGAAGAACGGGAACGGCUUGAAGAGCCAGACCAUCCGUGUUGGGACCAGGAAGAGCCAGCUGGCCCGUAUCCAGACAGACAGCGUGGUGGAGAUGCUGCAGAAGCACCAUCCUCAGCUCCACUUCGAGAUCAUCGGCAUGACAACCACAGGAGACAAGAUCCUGGACACUGCACUGUCCAAGAUCGGAGAGAAAAGCCUCUUCACCAAAGAGCUGGAAAACGCCUUGGAAAGGAACGAGGUUGACUUGGUCGUCCACUCCCUGAAAGACCUGCCCACCUCUCUUCCGCCUGGAUUCACCAUCGGAGCCGUCUGCAAGAGGGAGAACCCGCACGACGCCGUUGUCUUCCACCCGAAGCACAUUGGCAAAACCCUCGGCAGCCUCCCGGAUAAGAGUGUGAUUGGGACCAGCUCCCUUCGCCGGGCGGCUCAGCUGAAGCGGGCUUUUCCGCACCUGCAGUUCAAGGACAUCAGGGGCAACCUGAACACUCGCUUAAAGAAGCUGGACGAAAAGGAUGACUUCAGCGCCAUCGUUCUGGCCACGGCCGGCCUUCGGCGCAUGGGCUGGGAGGACCGCAUUGGCCAGAUCCUGACUCCCACGGAGUGCCUCUAUGCCGUCGGACAGGGCGCAUUAGCCGUGGAAGUGAGGGCCAGGGACCUGGAGAUCCUGGAGAUGGUGUCCGUCCUGCACGACGGGGAGACGGUGCUGCGCUGCAUUGCGGAGCGGGCCUUCAUGAAGCACUUGGAGGGCGGCUGCAGCGUCCCUGUGGCAGUGAGCACCAUGCUGAAGGACUCCCAGUUAUACUUGACCGGAGCCGUCUACAGCCUCGACGGAUCGGAGAGCUUGUGCGAGACCAUGCAGACAAACGUGAAAUUCCCAAUGGAGGACGAAGAGGGUCCCGACGACGACGUCCAGCGCCUGGGCAUCACGGCCCGGACGGAGCCUCGCGCGGCGCAAGCGGCGGCCGAGAAGCUGGGCCUGGACCUGGCCUCACUGCUGCUGAGCCAAGGGGCCCGGCCCAUCCUGGACGCCGCCCGGCAACUCAACGCCGCCUGAGGCCCUUCACGGCUUGGCAAUGCGCCCCCAUUGCCUCUGGAUCUCAAGGCAUCACAGCACCCUGAGGGUGGUGGGACUGCAGCGCCCGCCCCGCGGGGUCAAGGCUGAGGAGGGAUGCUGGGUGUUGUAGUCCAGCAUUUAACUGGUCGGUGCCUUUGAAGAUCCCACCGCAGGCUUCCAUUUGAAUUUUUUUUUAAAAAUGAAGGCAACCAAGGGAGGGCUUAUUGCAUAGAAUCAAGUGUCUUAAUGUAUGCAGGUGCAUAAUAUAUAUAUAUAUAUAAACGAUUAAAGAGAUUUAUGAUAGA